AUGCAUUUAGAUGCUACGCAAGACAAUUGCUUGAAAAACGUCAGGAGCAGCCAAGUGCAGAAACAGAGAGCCUCCAAGCUUAAGGAGCUGAAUGUUGAGGAAUAUCCUCCAGGUGGAGGAGGGAAUAAGACCAAAAAGAGGAAAGUCAAUAGUCCGUCUCUUAAGAAAUUACUUAAAAAGCAUGAGAAAGACAAGAUCCCUCGACUUCUGGUAGCUAUGAAAAAACGUGGCGAAGUCGACAUAGAGCACCGUCCCUUCAAGUGUUCACACUGCCACUGGGCCUUCAAGAAGCUAUGCAACCUGCAGAGCCACCUACAAACACACACUGGCCUCAAGCCGCAUGUGUGUGAUAUAUGUGGCAAGGCCUAUUCCCAUCAGGGCACGCUGCAGCAGCACAAGCGUCUGCACACGGGUGAAAGACCAUAUCACUGCCCCUUCUGCGUCAAGACCUACAUUUGGUCCUCAGAUUACCGAAAGCACAUCCGCACACAUACCGGUGAGAAGCCCUACGUCUGUGACACUUGUGGCAAGGAUUUUAUUCGCUCCUCGGACCUGCGCAAGCAUGAGCGGAACAUGCACACCAACAACAAGCCCUUCCAGUGUACGCACUGCGACAAGACCUUCAAUAAACCCCUCUCUCUGAACCGUCAUGAGCGCAAGCACCUGGGCGAAAGGCCUUUCUCCUGCCCUGACUGCGGGAAGGCCUUUGCCCUGCCCAGCCGCAUGGCCGAGCACCGCAAGACCCACGCAGGAGUUCGUCCGUUUGUGUGCUCGGUUUGCUCCAAGUGCUUCACAAAGUCCUCCAAUCUGACAGAGCACGAGGCCAUCCACAGUGGUGCGCGGCCCUAUAAGUGCACAGAGUGUGGCGUUGCGUUUGCCAUGGCCUCCCGCCUCGUCCGUCACCAGUACGUGCACAAUAAAGAGAAACCCCUCAGCUGCACGGGCUGCAGCAAGAACUUCUGCCACCUUGAGACACUGAAGCUUCACCAGGAGCAAACGUGUGCUGGGAGAAUCUUUGUCUGUGUGGACUGUGACAAAUCUUUCCAGUGUGCGGCAAAGCUCGCACAGCAUAUGCUGAGCCACAGGGACAAGAGUGUGUGA